GGCCAUCUGUCUCCCCGCCAGCCGCCGCCCCGCCGCCGCCCGCGCCCCGCGCUCCGCCUCCCGCCCCGGCGGCUCCCGCAGCCCCGCCGCCGCCCGCGUCCGCGCCCGGGAGCCGCGCCACAAAGGGCCCGCGCGCAGCCGCCGCCGCCGCGCGAGGAGCCAGGAUGGUCCUGGUCCACGUCGGCUAUCUCGUGCUUCCAGUGUUUGGCUCUGUGCGAAACAGAGGUGCCCCCUUUCAAAGGUCUCAGCAUCCGCACGCUACCUCCUGCCGCCACUUCCACCUGGGCCCCCUGCAGCCGCAGCAGCUCGCGCCCGACUUCCCCCUGGCCCACCCCGUGCAGUCACAGCCGGGCCUCAGCGCCCACAUGGCCCCGGCCCACCAGCACAGCGGCGCCCUGCACCAGUCCCUGACCCCGCUGCCCACCCUGCCGUUCCAGGAUGUCACAGGUCCCUCCUUCCUACCUCAGGCCCUGCACCAGCAAUACCUCCUGCAGCAGCAGCUCCUGGAAGCCCAGCACCGCAGGCUCGUCUCGCACCCCAGGCGGAGUCAGGAGCGUGUGUCUGUCCACCCCCACCGACUCUACCCCAGCUUCGACUUCGGCCACCAACUCCAGACACCUCAGCCCAGGUAUCUGGCUGAGGGCACUGACUGGGAUCUCAGUGUGGACGCCAGCUUGAGCCCUGCUCAGUUCCAGGUGCGGCCCAUCCUUCAGCACUAUCAGCAUUACCUAGCGACGCCUCGAAUGCACCACUUUCCCAGAAACUCCUCCUCCACGCAGAUGGUUGUCCAUGAAAUCCGAAACUACCCUUACCCUCAGCUUCACUUCCUUGCUCUCCAGGGACUGAACCCCAGCAGACACAUCUCUGCUGUGAGGGAGAGCUAUGAGGAGCUGCUGCAGCUUGAGGACAGGUUGGGAAAUGUGACUCGAGGAGCUGUACAGAACACCAUUGAGAGGUUCACCUUCCCCCACAAGUACAAGAAGAGAAGACCCCAGAAUGGCAAAGGCAAGAAGGAAGAGGGGGAGGAGUCAGACACUGAUGAGAAAUGCACAAUUUGUCUGUCUAUGCUGGAGGAUGGAGAAGAUGUGAGACGCCUACCCUGUAUGCAUCUUUUUCACCAACUCUGUGUGGACCAGUGGCUCGCCAUGAGCAAGAAAUGCCCCAUCUGCCGGGUGGACAUUGAGACACAACUGGGAGCUGACAGCUGA